AUGAAAUUCCAUCAGUUAAGGAGAAAGAAGCGGUCCCAGGCAGCCACCGAGGAGAAUGACGACCAGGCCACCUCCAGCUUGCAGCAGCGGCUGCGCCUGCAGGUAAUCCACCCGGGCAAAUAUGUACCCUGGGGUGGCAGCACCGCUAGCAGCCUGGAGAACCCCGGGCAGCAACAAAGCUGGGAGCUGAAGAGGAUGAACAGUCAAUCGAACACUUUCGACUCUCAAAAGGAGCCUGGCCGCGACGAGGGCGCCCCCUCCCAGUCCGCGGAAAAGUACAACGACCCGAUGCUGAACGUGAUGUGGCGGGAGGUACAGGCGGAGAGACACGUCAGCGCGCUGAUUGACUUCAAACUGGAGCAGGACAGAAAGGCUUGGGCAACCUCCAACUACAAGCUGACCACCCUGGAAGGAAAGAGGGACUCGGAGCUCAUCCGACUAUUGUUCGUCUAUGCCGGAGAAGCCUUUGAGGAUGAGAGAAUCACCAGCGACCAGUGGGAGGAAAUGAAACCAAACACGCCCUACUACAGCCUGCCAAUCCUGUCCAAGUGUGGUAAACAGUGGGGCAAUGAGGGCGCCAUUGUCCGAGUGCUUGCCAGACGAUUUUUGUUGAUGGGAGCAUCCAACGAUGAGCAUCUGGUAGUAGAAGCCACGUAUGAGCGUCUCCGUCGUGUGAAGCGACAGAAUGAGAGAGCCAUUAACUGGGUCCUGACUGGAGAGAAGAACAAAGAGAGACAGGAAUGGGCUCAGAGCCAGUUGCUGCAUGUGAUUCUACCAGCUGCAAUGAAAGAAUGGGAGCAACUGAUCACACAGACUCGAGGACCCUUCGUUGUCGCAUCCGGGGUCACAAUGGCAGACCUUGCCAUCAUGGACUUCCUGGACCAGUGCUCCUCCUGCAUGUUGAUCGACAGCUUGUUCUCCGAGCACCUAGCCGUGGCUGAUCUCUAUUCUGUGGUCCGACAGUGUCCUAAGAUCGUCAAUUACUUAGAUGAAAGAUCCAAUGAUUAA